AUCUUUCGUGAAGGAUUAAAUGUACUUAAUCUAGGAACCAUUUGAAUAGUCCUCGCGUAUGUACUACGUGUGCAUCUACUAGUUCUCAGCACAGGUCACGACAUACUGCACAAUGACAGAAGAAACGCCGGAAAAUAACGUUGUUUCCGAAAGCAGAGAUAGAAAGAGUGACAGCAAAAUGAUGGAUCAUCGUCACAGAAUAUACCUGACCUCCUGUCUCUAUCUCGUUGGGUUUCUGGACUUGUUUGGUGUGGGAAUGCUAGUUCCACUACUGCCUCGUCAUGCUAGAAAUCUUGGUGCUUCUCCCAUUUUGGUUGGUGCUGUAGGUUCGGUGUAUGGCUUUCUUCAACUGGUCUCUGGUCCAGUGAUGGGUCGACUGAGCGACAUGAUGGGCCGCAGAUUGGUUUUACUUGCCUGUCUCUUCAUGACUAUGGUUGGUUACACCAUCAAUAUCUUUGCUACUUCACUCACCGUUCUCAUUUGUGCAAGAGUCCCUCUUGGUAUCUUCAAGCAUGGCAUAGCAACAGUCAAGGCCUACUUGGCUGAAAUUACUCCUAAGCAAGAGCGCCCUCUGGUGUUUGGACGUUUCAAUGCAGCCUCCAGCUUUGGGUUUAUCAUUGGUCCCCUGUGUGGUGGUUACCUCUCGGAAUAUGAAGGUGGAUUCUAUCAAGUAGCCACUUGCACAGCAAUUGUAUUUGCCAUAAAUGUUUUGUUUGUCUACUUCCUUGUACAUCCCAAGAAGCAGGACUCCAUUGAGAAGUCAAAGUCAGUGGCUGCUUUCACUCAGGAGGAGUACAGCAUCCGGACCAACUUUUUCCAUUCCUUCAAGACGAUCCUUGGCUCCUGUGGUGAUCUCUUGUUACUGCAACUGUUGAUGAGUUCAGGUGUCAUGUUAUAUCGUAGCAACUUUGUUCUGAUUCUGGAAGAUCGUUUUCAGGCUCGGCCGAGCGUCACCGGUCAACUCAUGAGCUUUUCUGCUCUUGUGGCCGUGGUUUCAGGCAUGCUGGUGGGUAGGGUGGUGUCCUUUUAUAGCAGCAUCUCCAAACUGCUUUUGCAUUCUUCCGUCUUGCUGUGCUUCACACUCUUUGGACUGACAUAUGCACCAACAUUUUUUGUUGUCGUGGUCUUUACUGCACUGCUUUCCAUGGAAAAUGCCAUCUCCAAGGUUUGUCUGACUGACCUUAGUGUUCGGCGCAGUAGUUUGGAUAACACAGGUGCAUUGCUAGGAAUCAGCCAAUCUGUGUUGUCUGUUACAAGAUCUUUUGCCCCAUUUAUUAGUGGGUUUAUGCUGGAGUUUGGUCCCUAUGCCCCUGGGUUGACAGGAGUGUGUUGUGCUGCGAUUAGUAGCCUGUUCAUUAUUAUUUUUCCUCCAGAAAGAGCCACGAUAGCUUCAGAAAAGAAAUCUGAUUGACUCGAUAUUGACUCAGCAAACACAUUGCCAAAAGGAAAGGUGUGACCAUUAUUAAAGAGCAACUCAAAGGAAAACAUGUUUUCUCUGAUUUCAUCUGUUCAAAUAAACAUGGAAG